AGCAUGAUGAGCGGGAGCUUGUCCCAGUUUGAUGGUGACAGUGGCUACGUGGGGAUGAGUGACGGAAACCCAGAGCUCCUGCCAUCCAGCCAGACCUACAACGGCCAGAACGACAGCAACGAAGACUAUGAGAUCCCCCCAAUAACACCUCCCAACCUCCCCGAGCCAUCCCUCCUGCACCUGGGGGACCACGAAGCCGGCUACCACUCGCUGUGCCACGGCCUGGCGCCCAACGGACUGCUCCCGGCCUACUCCUACCAGGCCAUGGACCUCCCGGCCAUUAUGGUGUCCAACAUGCUGGCGCAGGAUGGCCACCUUCUGUCGGGCCAGCUGCCCACGAUCCAGGAGAUGGUCCACUCGGAGGUGGCCGCCUACGACUCGGGCCGGCCAGGGCCCCUGCUGGGCCGCCCGGCCAUGCUGGCCAGCCACAUGAGCGCCCUCAGCCAGUCUCAGCUCAUCUCUCAGAUGGGCAUCCGGAGCAGCAUCGCCCACAGCUCCCCAUCACCCCCGGGGAGCAAGUCAGCGACCCCAUCUCCCUCCAGCUCAACUCAGGAGGAGGAGUCAGAAGCCCACUUCAAGAUCUCUGGAGAGAAGAGACCCUCCACCGACCCAGGGAAAAAGGCCAAGAACCCAAAGAAGAAGAAGAAGAAGGACCCAAACGAGCCACAGAAGCCAGUGUCCGCCUACGCGCUCUUCUUCAGAGACACUCAAGCCGCCAUCAAGGGGCAAAACCCCAGCGCCACUUUUGGGGAUGUGUCCAAAAUCGUGGCCUCCAUGUGGGACAGCUUAGGAGAGGAGCAGAAGCAGGCCUACAAGAGGAAGACUGAGGCAGCGAAGAAGGAGUACUUGAAGGCGCUGGCUGCCUACCGGGCUAGCCUGGUGUCCAAGAGCUCUCCAGACCAGGGUGAGACCAAGAGCACACAGGCCAACCCACCAGCCAAAAUGCUCCCGCCCAAGCAGCCCAUGUAUGCCAUGCCAGGCCUGGCUUCCUUCCUGACGCCGUCCGACCUGCAGGCCUUCCGCAGCGGGGCCUCUCCUGCCAGCCUGGCCCGGACACUGGGCUCCAAGGCACUGCUGCCCGGCCUCAGUGCAUCCCCACCACCGCCCCCCGCCUCCCCCCCCCCCCCCCCCCCCCCCCAGCAGCUGCCACUGCCCCCCCACGCCCAGGGCGCCCUCCUCAGCCCCCCUGUCAGCAUGUCCCCAGCCCCCCAGCCCCCGGUCCUGCCCACCCCCAUGGCACUCCAGGUGCAGCUGGCCAUGAGCCCCUCCCCUCCAGGGCCACAGGACUUCCCUCACAUCUCUGAGUUCCCCAGUGGCUCCGGCUCCCGCUCCCCAGGGCCCCCCAACCCCCCCAGCAGCGGAGACUGGGACAGCAGCUACCCCAGCGGGGAGUGCGGCGUCAGCACCUGCAGCCUGCUCCCCAGGGAUAAAUCGCUCUACCUCACCUAAUCCCACCUCCCUCUCCGCCCUGAGGCCUGCGGGAAGGGCGCUGCUCCCAGCCAGCCGGAAGGAAGGACGUAGGCAGAAGAGGCUUUGGCAGGAAGCAGGGUGAUGGAGAAGCCAGAGCAGUGACACUCCAGAGCCCAGGGCCGAGUCUGUUCCUCCACCUCCCGCCAGGCUCUGCAGAGGCCGCCCACCGCCCGCCGCCAGCCCAAAGAACCUGCAGGAACCUUCUGCCCCGACCUGCUUGCUCCAGGGUUACAGCGGACCCCGCUCCUGUCCUUGCACACUGUACCCCCUGUGUGGACGCCCGGCCCCAGCCCGGGCUCGGAGGCUGUCCCCGGGGGGCCCACUGGCCAACAGAAACCCCCCCGGGUGCCUGGGGCAAGGGCCAGCCCGGCCCAGAAGGGCACGUGCAGUUUCCAGUGUGGACAGAGAAACCUCUGAGCUGUUGGCGCUGUGUACGUAGUUGACUAAGUGUUUUAGAACCGUGCUGGAGACUUCUGUAAGAUUAUUUUGUUGGGGGGAAGAAAAGUAGUUUCCUUUAAGGUCAAAAGCAUUUUAUACGGCCCUUCGCCCAUUUUUUAAGUUGCGCCGGAGGGAGGCAGGCACAGACCCGGCCCGCCGCACCUCGGGCCUCGCCCCUCCUUUCCGCCCACGUGCCCACCGCUCUCCAGUGGCCAGCAGUGACGUUGUCGACCUGUGAGCGAGACUCGAGGACAGACAUGCAGUAUCAUAAAGUGCGCGUGCUUUCUGGGUCGGGGGGCUUUGGGUUCUUAAUGUUGUUUGCCGCUGUCUCCUGCCCCGGCAACUUUGUCUGUGUGGGUGCCAGUGCUUCUCUCGAAUUUCUUUGUAAUAAAACCUCUAAAAUGUUGCGGCCACGGCCGCCUCUUCUUCUCCUCGGCCAAGCGGAGCUU